UGUUUAUGCAGACAUUUUCAAUUUUCAUUCUUGAAGCCUAUCCUCCCGGGAGCCACAGGCGUUUGAUAGCAGGAUACAUAGGUAUGCACUGCUACACAGUCGUAACUUACCCCUGCACCCUGCAGCCACAGCCAUAUGAUAGCAGGAUACAUAGGUAUGCACUGCUACACAGUCGUAACUUACCCCUACAGCCACAGCCAUAUGAUAGCAGGAUACGUAGGUAUGCACUGCUACACAGUCGUAACUUACCCCUACAGCCACAGCCAUAUGAUAGCAGGAUACGUAGGAAUGCACUGCUACACAGUCGUAACUUACCCCUACAGCCACAGCCAUAUGAUAGCAGGAUACGUAGGAAUGCACUGCUACACAGUCGUAACUUACCCCUACAGCCACAGCCAUAUGAUAGCAGGAUACGUAGGAAUGCACUGCUACACAGUCGUAACUUACCCCUACAGCCACAGCCAUAUGAUAGCAGGAUACGUAGGUAUGCACUGCUACACAGUCGUAACUUACCCCUACAGCCACAGCCAUAUGAUAGCAGGAUACGUAGGUAUGCACUGCUACACAGUCGUAACUUACCCCUGCAGCCACAGCCAUAUGAUAGCAGGAUACGUAGGUAUGCACUGCUACACAGUCGUAACUUACCCCUACAGCCACAGCCAUAUGAUAGCAGGAUACGUAGGUAUGCACUGCUACACAGUCGUAACUUACCCCUGCAGCCACAGCCAUAUGAUAGCAGGAUACGUAGGUAUGCACUGCUACACAGUCGUAACUUACCCCUACAGCCACAGCCAUAUGAUAGCAGGAUACGUAGGUAUGCACUGCUACACAGUCGUAACUUACCCCUACAGCCACAGCCAUAUGAUAGCAGGAUACGUAGGUAUGCACUGCUACACAGUCGUAACUUACCCCUACAGCCACAGCCAUAUGAUAGCAGGAUACGUAGGUAUGCACUGCUACACAGUCGUAACUUACCCCUACAGCCACAGCCAUAUGAUAGCAGGAUACGUAGGAAUGCACUGCUACACAGUCGUAACUUACCCCUACAGCCACAGCCAUAUGAUAGCAGGAUACGUAGGAAUGCACUGCUACACAGUCGUAACUUACCCCUACAGCCACAGCCAUAUGAUAGCAGGAUACGUAGGAAUGCACUGCUACACAGUCGUAACUUACCCCUACAGCCACAGCCAUAUGAUAGCAGGAUACGUAGGUAUGCACUGCUACACAGUCGUAACUUACCCCUACAGCCACAGCCAUAUGAUAGCAGGAUACGUAGGUAUGCAGUGCUACACAGUCGUAACUUACCCCUACAGCCACAGCCAUAUGAUAGCAGGAUACGUAGGUAUGCAGUGCUACACAGUCGUAACUUACCCCUACAGCCACAGCCAUAUGAUAGCAGGAUACGUAGGUAUGCACUGCUACACAGUCGUAACUUACCCCUACAGCCACAGCCAUAUGAUAGCAGGAUACGUAGGUAUGCACUGCUACACAGUCGUAACUUACCCCUGCAGCCACAGCCAUAUGAUAGCAGGAUACGUAGGUAUGCACUGCUACACAGUCGUAACUUACCCCUACAGCCACAGCCAUAUGAUAGCAGGAUACGUAGGUAUGCACUGCUACACAGUCGUAACUUACCCCUACAGCCACAGCCAUAUGAUAGCAGGAUACGUAGGUAUGCACUGCUACACAGUCGUAACUUACCCCUACAGCCACAGCCAUAUGAUAGCAGGAUACGUAGGUAUGCACUGCUACACAGUCGUAACUUACCCCUGCAGCCACAGCCAUAUGAUAGCAGGAUACGUAGGUAUGCACUGCUACACAGUCGUAACUUACCCCUACAGCCACAGCCAUAUGAUAGCAGGAUACGUAGGUAUGCACUGCUACAGAGUCAUAACUUACCCUCGGUGAAGGACACAUUUUGUUCACUAAGUUCCCCCUCCCUAACACACACACAUUUCUGAGCAAUGUGUUUCUCCUCCAAGGUGACAGCAGUGGUGGGGCCGGGGUGUCACUAGGGCCUUGUUCCAUGGAAACACACACAGUGUGCUUCAUCAGAUAGUUGAUAGCCAGCAGAAGAGCGCAAGGCAGAGUGCUCUAGCGUCAGUGUGUUUUCCACAGGGGACUACAAGCUAGGGACAGAGUAAAUUAGCGGACAUUAUUUUACAUUUACAUUUAACAUUAUUUUGUCACUCUUAACAUUGUGCUUGAGACUCAUGACAUUGCUAUAACCCAAGAUACACACAUUUUUACUCAUCACCUCCUUGUCUCGGCCUGUAUUUAUACAGCCAACGUCUCAGAGUAGGAUUGUUGACCCUGAUAGACGAGCGUCCUGCCCAGGGGGUGUACUUGUACAUCAAGCUGCUUCAUGCUACAGAAAUAUGAGAUGGGGCCCACUGAGCCGGAGCCUUUCUUGCUGUGACAAGGCUACUUACUCUUCCACGACACUUUUACGAUAGUUUUAGAUAACAAAGGGUGAACUAGCGAGCGUCCAUAAUAUAUAGGUAGAGAACCAUAGCUUGGUUGGUUCAACUUUUUAUGUUAGCUUUUUGAUGAAUUCAGUAACAGAUUAAUUAUUAAUCUAAUUAAUAUCAUGGAUUUUUAAAAUAAUUCCCUUGGUUUAAUUAGUGCUAAAAUAAUCGCCCUAAUUAAGCCGGGUAAUAACGAUUACUCCCUCAGACUUCACCUCGUCUUUAGGUUUCCAUAGUUUUUAAAAAAUCUCUCCUUGAUGUAUUCUGCUCAUGUUAUGUCCAAUAUGUUACUGUGGAAAGGAUUUGAAUCCAUAGCAGGUCUUUAUGUGCUUUAUUGUAGUGGGGGGGGGGUGUUUCCUUUUAUGAUAUGUAGUGUAUGUUUUCAAGUGUAUUUAUGUGUUGUAUGUGUUAUUGUGACGUGUAUAUGUACACUGAGUGUACAAACCAUUAGGAACACCAGCUCUUUCCGUGACAUAGACUGAUCAGGUGAAUCCGUGGGCAUGAAGAAUUGUCCCCCACCAACGAACAUCCGAACAACUUGACACAACUGUGGGAAGCAUUGGAGUCAACAUGGCCCAGAAUCCCUGUGGAACGCUUUCGAUACCUUGUAGAGUCCCUGCCCCAACAAAUUGAGGCUGUUCUGAGGGAAAAAUGGGGUGGAACUCAAUAGUGGGAAGGUGUUCCUAAUGUUUUGUACUCUCAGUGUA